AGCCGGAUGAUGAAGUUUUUUCUCCUCUCGAUGCCGAUCUCCUUUCGUCGGGCCAGGAACGCGGCGGUCCGAUCCCGGACUCCUUUGAGAGUACCAAUUUCAGAACCCUACUUCAUCGCAUAUUGUGGAUUAUUCCACAUCGUUCAUACGGUUGUUUUUGUUAAGAGUAGAGGACACCAACCUGUUGAUUGGAAAAACAUAACUAUUGAUGAUUCAUAAUUUGCGAUUGCAUAGAUAGCCUGAAAGACAUGCAUGAAGAUCAGCAAGUGAAACCUAAGCAAACGACCUCUUGCUACUACGCUGGCCAUUGAGACCUGAUAGUUACUAUAGAUAGGGUGGUGACGGUGACAGCUGGUAGGGCGAUGGCGGAGAUGGCAUCUGCCGUGAAGGAGAUGGCUGCCCCUGCGCUGGUGGUGUUUACCGUCGUGGUGGACCCCGGCCAUGGUGAGGAGGCGGUUGAUAGCUUCCCGCCGGUGGUGUCGAUCCAUAUGCCGGUGGCGGGUAACCGUAAGAUGGUGGAGUUGGCGAUGGGGAAGGGGGUCUUUUUCCAUGAGAUGGUGGUGAUGGAGGUCCAUACUGGGGUGGUGUUUGUCCUCGCCGCGGUGGACAUGGCCGUGCAUGUGGUGGAGACGGUGGUUUCUUUGGUGCAUGACCAUGGUGCGGUGAUGGUGGCUUUCCAUGAGGUGGUGGUGGAGGCCGUGCAUGCUGCGGAGGUGGAUGUCUCCGGUGAGUUGGAGAUGGUGGUUGCCCAUACUGUGGCGGAGGAUGCCUGUAUUGUGGCGGGGGCCAUGCAUGUGGCGGAGGUGAUUUCUUUGGUGCAUGUUCAUGGUGCGGUGGAGGUGGCAGCUUGCCAUACGGAGGUGCUGAAUGCGGGGGAGAUGGUUGUCUGUGUGGUGGUUUCUUUGGUGCAUGACCAUGGUGCGGUGAAGGUGGCUGCUGGCCAUAAGGAGGUGGUUGACGGCCAUAAUGUGGUGGUUGUGGUUGCCGUCCCUGUGGAGGAGGUGGGUGUCUCCUGUGAGUUGGAGGGCAUUUGUGGGAGGGUGGUGGUGCUGGUUGGCCAUACUGUGGCGGUGGCGGUGGUUGGCGAUACUGUGGUGGUGGCGAUGGCUGUCCAUACUGUGGUGGUGGUGAGGGCUGUCCAUGUUGAGGUGGCGGUACUAUGUGAUGAGGUGGGGGUUUUCUGUGAUAGGGUGGCCUAUGUCCAUGAUGAGGUGGAGACGGUGGUGGACCUCCCUGCCGUGGAGGUGGUCGACCAUACUGUGGUGGCGGCUGUCUGUAGUGAGGUGAAGGGUGGCCUGGUGAGGGUGAGGGUGGUGAGUACCUAUGGUGCGGCGACUUACGAGCAGGUGGUGGUGGCCUGUGAGACGGUAAUCCGCCAUGUCGGGGAGGUGGUGGUGGCCGUCCAUACUGCGGCGGAGAUGGUCGGCCAUACUGCGGUGGUGACUGCCCGUACGGAGUUGGAGGUGGCUGGCCAUAGUGGGGUGGAGAUGGUUGGCCGUAGGCAGGUGGGUAUGCGUAAUAAGGCGAUGCAAGAUAACGCUCAUCUUGUGUGGAAGCAAUGGCAGGGGAGCAAGUACCUGACCUUAGGACUACCGCCACUGCCAACCAACACAUGGCUUCCAGAUAAACUCCCCUCAUCUUGCCCUUCCUCUUUCACCUCCCCUGUGAGCAGGUGCAACGGAGGGUGGCUUAGAUUAUAUAGCACAGGCGACCAAUGUGGGACGGGACGAUCGCAAAGCUGGGACCUUUGUCUCUACCUCCAUCUCCAUGCACAUGAUCUCAUUUAUGUCAGGGAGGCUGUAUUCCACUGAAAGCCCUCUGCGCAUGACACACAAAGGGGGAGAGCCCUCAAGUGACCGACGAGUGUAUUAUGGAGCUUCUAAUAGUACCAAGGCAUGGAUUCAUGCAGAGUGUGGGGGAGGGAGGGAGCAGGUUCUGUUUCCGGUCGUGACAAGAGCUCUGCCGUAAAGCAAGGCAAGGGUGCAGUAAUUGUUUUGGCUGUUUCCUCGGGUCACCACCACCUUGUGUGCAUUGAAUGGGCCUAGUGGGUGGCGUUAAAUGACAUGCCUUGGGCUCAGACAAGGCUGGAUAUCAUACUGGACUAAUGACGGCAACAUGGGUUAAGCUACUGAGCCUUGGCCUGAGACCCGAGACCGCACCAGCCAAUUGUGUGGUCCAUGUGGUGUUUGCUUGCUUGCCAGCUAUACACAGCGACCGGGUGUGGCGUUCAUCUGUCACGAGCUUAUUAUUUCCAAGCAUUCUUUUCUUCCCCUGCAGGGACUGGCCCUUUUAGGGGUGAAGAAAGUGCUAGAAGUAAUGACGACGCUGUAUCUACUGCAGCAGUAGCAGAGCAGAGGUGGAAAAGGUGCAGUUGAGUUAUAUGGUGCUGAUCUGGUGAUGAUGCGGGCCAAAACCAUGAGGUUCCGGUUCCAGGGUUUGAAGCCAAGAAUGGUAGACAGCCAUGUAGUCACAAGCCGCGGGAAUUUAGAUUUAGAAUUGCUUGAGAUUGGAAUCGCAAAGUAAGGAUUGCAAUUUCGUAUGGUAUUGAAAAUUCGAUCUCA